UUCCUAGCACUGGUAAAGCUUUCUACACACCUGAAGCUUUGACCCAUACAUAAGGACAGCCAUACUAUCAGAUGAAACCUCAGCAGAUUCCCUAUUCUUUUCACGUAAAAUGGCCAUCAAGUCUUUUUAUUUUUUUGUCGCUGCCACAACGAUCCUCAUCAACGCCCAGACAUCCAAGUCUACACCGCUCCAGUUCGCCGGUGUCAAUAUUGCAGGUUUUGACUUUGGCUGUGGCACAGAUGGCACUUGCGUGGCUUCCAACGCUGUUCCCCCUAUUUACCAAUUAUCCGGUAUUGAUGGCUUGGGCCAAAUGCAACAUUUUGUCAAUGACGGCUACAAUGUGUUCCGUCUUCCUGUUGGCUGGCAAUACCUCACUAAUGACCAGAUGACUGGCGUCUUGGAUGAGACUCAGUUUUCCAAAUAUAACAUGCUGGUGUCCGACUGUCUGAGCACUGGCGCUUACUGUGAGAUUGAUAUACACAAUUACGCUAGGUACAAUGGGCAGGUUAUUGGUCAAGGCGGUCCAAGCAACGAAAUAUUUGCGGAGCUCUGGUCUAACAUUGCCUCGCACUGGAAGGACGAGACGAGAGUCAUCUUUGGGAUUAUGAACGAACCUCAUGAUAUCCCGAAUCUCGCCGCUUGGGCAGAGUCCGUCCAGAGUGCAGUUACAGCCAUUCGGGAAGCUGGCGCUACAACUCAGAUCAUUCUCCUCCCCGGAACAGACUGGGCUUCUGCGAAGACUUUUGUUUCCAGUGGUUCCGCUGAAGCCCUUAGCACGGUGCAUAACCCUGACGGCACAUACACUAACCUUGUUAUGGACGUCCACAAGUACCUCGACAAUGAUGGCUCUGGCAGCAACGCUGAGUGCGUGACCAACGGCAUUGACGACACAUGGUCCCCUCUGACCACCUGGCUCCAUGCAAACGGUCGACAGGCCCUCAACUCGGAGACUGGUGGUGGGAACGUAAACUCUUGUGUCGGCUACAUAUCGCAACAAAUUAGUUACCAGGCUGCUCAUUCUGAUGCUAUCCUCGGUUACAUUGGGUGGGCGGCUGGCUCCUUCGCCACAAACUAUGUGCUUUCUCAGGUGCCUUCCUACAGCGGCAAUCACUGGAACGACACGCUCUUGGUCUUGAAGUCCAUGUCGCCCAAAACUAAUAAGUUCGUUGCAACCGUGGUAUGAGAUUGGCACGGAGUAUUUUACCCAGACACACUUCAAAUUUCCAUAAUAAUGACUGGGUUUUAGGAACGUCUGGGACGUCAUCUCGUUUACUAUCCCUAUGCUAGUGCGAAGUUACGAGUUUCGUUGAUUCAUGACUACUGGCACUUUUCC